UAAUGUACUUACUUAGUUCUCAGUUCUGUUUCCUUUCUCUCGCUCUCCGCGGAAGAACACCUCUUCCUAGUUGUCUGCUUGGAUCGAGUUGCCCAGUUUCUCAACCACCAAACAAAAAACAAGAAGAGAAAACUUUCCAAUUUUGUCUCCAAGAGGUUUUUCGAAGCGAAGCGAUAGUUUUUGGUAUAAUUUCUGUCUAUUGGGAUUGAAGAAUCUAUCUUUUGUUGGUAAUCUUAAUUUGGUAUUUGGUUAUGUCUUAUUCCAGGUUUUCUUCUUUGAUCUAUCAUUUUCCUUUUGUAUAGUUUCUUUUGACCUAUUUCAUUCGUCGUAAACCCUAGUUUAGGUUAGGUUUGUGUUCAGGGGUUAUAAGCUUAAGAAAUUUAUAUUAAGUAAAAAAAGAAAUUAUUUGGAGAAUUAUUUGAUUCUUUUUUUGGUGUGUGUGUCUGUGUGUGAAUACAGCAAUUAGGUUAAGCCACCGGUUUUGUUUACCCAUAUUUGGGAUUGUAGUUGAUGUUUAGGUAUUUUAACCCAAGAAAAACUCUGAAAUUUUUGGUGCGUUGUUUUAGUUUGCCAUCCAAAAUCGAGGGUUUUUCUUAUUAGGUUAGAUCCUCCUCAAAAUUCCCUCUUUUUCUUUUUUUCCCCAUCGUUUUCCCUUCUUUUUAGCUAUUUUCGUAACCCUCCAAAACAAAUAAAAAAUAAAAUAGUUGAAUUUUUUUUUUAAUUUUUAUAUAGUAUAUAUUGAAGAAAGGGAAUUGGUUGUAUAUACGGUAUAGAACCAUGACUUUGAAUUUUUCCCAUCGGCCUGUUGUUCCUGCUCAUUUAACUGAAGAUCGGGUUUCUCCUAUGAGAAUCGUGAAUGGUUACCUUGUUGAAGGUAUCCCACAGAAGAAUGGAGAUGGGUAUUUGGAAUCUUGGCACUCAAAUUGCGAAAGGGAGGAUUGCAUUGAUUAUGGUAGGGACAAAAGCGGUGCUCAAUUUGGUUCUCUCGAGCCUGUUUCCAAUGAUAUUAUUGAUCUUUUGCCCUCGGAUCCAUUUGGAAUGGAUAUCACCUCUACUUUCACCGCAAUUACAGGUUGGCUUGAGGAUUUAGAGGUUGAUUCCGGUGGCUAUGUGAGAGAUGACGUGGGGAUAGGUGAUGGAAGUCAUCAGUUGUUUGCUGGAUUGAACUUUAUUUGGAACAACUCAAUGUGGUUCCAAACAUUUCCUGGCGAAUGUAAAGGCAGUGUUUCUGGUGGACUUGGUGUGUGUUCUCAGGCAAAGGAAAGAGGGAAUGUGUCUGAUCAUAUUGGUUUUGGAUCAGCUCAUAGUACACAGGGCAUUUUGUGUUUUGGGAAUGAAGAUAUGGUUUCUGUUGAUCAGGAAAAUGACGAAUUUCAGGAUUGUGAGGUUUGUUCUGAGGAACAUGAAGGAGCUCCUCAUGAAGCUCUGAAUUUUGCCUUUGGUUAUCUGGGUCUGCAGGAUCUAUUUGCUGUUGAAAGUGUUUGUAUGUCACUGCGAUCUGUAGUUCAGAAUGAUCCCCUUUUAUGGAGGAAUAUUCACAUUGAUCAGCCACUAAGCGAGAAGAUAACUGAUGAUGUUCUUUUACAAAUAACAAGGAGGGCUCAAGGUAGCUUACAAUGCUUGAGUCUGGUAGAUUGCCAAAGGAUUACCGAUGAGGGCCUUCAGUGCGUGGUUGAAGAAAAUCCAAAGCUAGUCAAGUUGAGUGUACCUGGAUGUACAAGGCUAAGUAUUGAGGGCAUUUUGAAUAGCCUAAAGGCUCUGAAGUCUGUGGGCAGACAAGGGGUGAAGCAUUUGAGGAUUGCUGGGGUGUAUGGUGUAACACAGAAACAUUUUGAAGAGCUGAAGUUGUUAUUGGGCAUGGACAACCAAAUUCAACAGAUUAUGCACAAGCCACAUUUUUAUAACAGAAGAAAUGUGUGUGAAGAUGAUCGUGCCAUUGAUAUCGAAAUGUGCCUGAGAUGCGAGAAUGUGAGGCUUGUUUAUGAUUGUCCUGCAGAGGGUUGUCAGCAGAAAGACCAUACUGCUCAGUUAUGCAGGGGAUGCACUCUUUGCAUACCACGGUGCGUCCAGUGUGGCCGGUGCAUUAAUGAUGGUGAGUAUGAGGAAACGUUUAGUCUGGAGUUGCUUUGUUCAGAUUGUUGGAGGCUACAAAUAAAAUCUUGAUGUCUAAAUUGCAAAACCUCGUGUUGCAUCUAUGGUUGGCAUUGGGCACUUCAUUGGCAUUUUUGGGUUUGCUUGUGGAUGGUCAAUACUGAAGUUGGUGGGAAAUGACCUAAGAAGUUUUAUUCUGUAUUGAAAUCUGUGUUGUGGAGAAUAAGGUGGAAAAUGGAAGUUUGCCUACUUGAACAUGAGCUGUUACUGUAGAAUGAGAAAUAUUUGUGGCCUCUGUUGCAGGAUGAAUUUGGUUGUGAUCAGUCUUGUUGCUGCGUAGCAGUGUGCACGGCAGGCCAUGAUUUUUCUGCUAGCAGCGGUAUAUGACAUCUCGACUUAUUGUUAUGAAAAUAAAGUUAUGGGCAAUAACAGAUAAACUGAAGUCACUGUUGCUUCGUCUUAAAUAUUCCACGGUAGACUAAAGGGGUACCAUCAUUUACUUUGUCAUCUAUUUGGUUUUCCUUGGAAACUACUUGUUUGAUGUCUCCUUUUAAAAAUAAUAGUAAACAUCAAUUAUCAUCAAUAACUACUAUUUUUUUAGAGCUAAAAGUGUGACAGUCUUGGUCAUUGUAUUGUAAGCAAAUAAUUUGAAAUUAUAAAAUGAAAUUAGUUUCCCAA